ACGCUCUUUGCACCUCAUUAAGCACCAACACACAAUAGAAAUGGCAAUGGCUAGGACGACGACGAUGCUCAUCCUCGUCGCCGCGGCUCUCCUCGCGGCCUCAUGCAGCGCGUGGGAGGUCAACAUCCGCAUGCCGACCUCGGCCGCGGACGUGGACGAGGCCGUGGUGGCGCCGCUGAUCCACGCGCUGCGGCCGCUGCUGGGCUCCGGCAAGCACGCCGGAGUGGCGUGCGACAGCUGGCUGCUAGGCGUGGAGGCGCACAACGUGCGCGACUGGAAGACCGUGCCCGCUAGCUGCGAGGGCUACGUCGGCCACUACAUGCUCGGCAGCCACUUCCGCCGCGACUCCAAGAUCGUCAUCGACCAGGCCGUCGCCUACGUCGACUCCCUCAAGCUCGCCGGCAACGGCAAGGAGGUGUGGGUCUUCGACAUUGACGAGACCACCCUCUCCAACCUCCCCUACUACGCCAAGCACGGCUUCGGGGCUACACCGUUCAACGCGACGAGCUUCAACGCGUACGUGCGGGAGGGGAGCGCCCCGGCGCUGCCAGAGACGAAGCGGUUGUACAACAAGCUGCGCUCGGUCGGUAUCAAGCCAGUGUUCCUCACCGGCCGGACCGAGGACCAGAGGGCCAUCACCGUCACCAAUCUCCGCCGCCAGGGCAUCUCCGGGUGGAUGAACCUGCUGCUGAAGCAACCCGGCUUCAAGGGCUCCGCGGUGACCUACAAGUCCGGCGAGAGGCAGAAGCUGCAGGACGCCGGGUACGUCAUCGUCGGCAAUAUCGGCGACCAGUGGAGUGACAUCCUCGGCGCGCCUGAGGGCGCCCGCACUUUCAAGCUGCCAGACCCCAUGUACUACAUCGGCUAGGCUGCCUCCGGCUCGGGCAUGCCGCUAUUGAUUUCUCAAUCCAAUAAGCUCCAUGCUCUUAGGUAUAUUCAUGUUUUGCCAAUAAUCCCUCCCCAGUUGUUGCUUCGUUCAUUUCCAUUGUUGAGAACUUGAGAUUAAUUGCUAUUAUGAACGUGUUUGUGGAGAAGUUGCAUGUUAUUUAAUCAAUGGAUCCAUGGUCCACUGUUUUGUUUUGCGAGAAA